UGACCCAUCUCUCCAAUACUCCAAUCUAGCACACAAACACCUAGAAGAGCAGAGAAAAAUAGUAGAGAGAUCAAUGGAGGUUGUGAGCGCUGCACAUGGUGCGUUUGGUCCUCUGCUGGAGAAGCUCACCACCUUGCUCGUCGACGAGUAUGCUAGGCUCAAAGGGGUCCGCCGCGAGAUCCGUUCCCUCAGAUCAGAGCUCAGCAGCAUGCACGCUGCACUCAAAGAGUACACCAAGCUAGAAGACCCAAAUGACCAAGUGAAGACAUGGAUAUCGCUGGUCAGGGAGUUGGCCUAUGACACCGAGGAUGCCUUGGACAAAUUCGUCCACCAGCUUGUCAAUGGAAGUCGAAGGCACCACGGCGGUUUCAAGAAGCUCUUCCGGAAGACCAUCUGUCAUCUCAAGACGCUUGGGUCUCGCCGUGGAAUCGCUGACCAGAUUGACGACCUCAAGGACCGCAUUAAGCAUGUGAAAGAUCUCAAGGAUAGCUACACAUUGGAUGGUGCUCCUUCCAGCACAACUCGCCAUGGAGUCGUGGAUCCCCGACUGCACGCGAUUUUUGCCGAAGAGGCACAUCUUGUCGGUAUGGAAGGUCCAAGAGACGAUCUUGCUAACUGGAUGAUGGAAGAAGGAAACAACUCGUCCAGCCAUUGCAAGGUGUUGUCUAUUGUUGGGUUUGGUGGAUUGGGAAAGACAACAUUGGCAAAUGAGGUCCGUCGGAAGAUUCAAGGACGGUUCCAUUGCCAAGCUUUUGUAUCGAUCUCGCAAAAGCCAGAUAUAAAGAAAAUUAUCAAGGAUGUUAUCUCUCAAAUGCCAUGCCUAGAUGGAUCCACACAAGAUACCAUGGAUUGGGAUGAAAAGAAGUCCAUUGCAAAGCUAAGAGAAAUGCUACAAGAUAAAAGGUAUCUCGUCAUCAUUGAUGAUGUAUGGUCUAGACAAGCAUGGAAUACUAUCAAGUGUGCUUUUCCAGAGAAUAAUUGUUCUAGCAGAAUUAUAGCUACUACCCGCAUCAUUGAUGUAGCAAAGUCAUGUUGUCAGAAUACUGAUGACCGCAUGUACAAAAUGGAAGCCCUAAAUGAUCUUCACUCUAGGACAUUGUUUUCGAAAAGAAUAUUUGGCUCUAGUAACUAUUGUCCUGAAGUGUUGCACAAAGUUUCAGAUGGAAUUCUAAAAAAAUGUGGAGGCCUACCACUAGCAAUUAUCAGUAUAUCAAGUUUGUUGGCGAAUAGGCCAGCUAUGAAGGAUGAGUGGGAGAAGGUUAAAAGAUCAAUUGGCUGCGCACUAGAAAAUAACCAGAGUCUAGAGGGAAUGAGUAGUAUACUAUCUCUUAGCUAUAAUGAUCUUCCACCUAAUCUCAAGACAUGUCUGUUGUAUUUAAGUGUAUUCCCUGAGGAUUAUGUUAUUGACAGAGAGAGGUUAGUGAGGCGAUGGAUAGCAGAAGGAUUUAUCUCGGAACAACAUGGGCAGAGCCAGCAAGAAGUUGCGGAGAACUACUUUUAUGAGCUUGUCAACAAAAGCAUGGUUCAACCAGUGGAUAUUGGAUAUGAUGGCAAGGUUCGUGCCUGCCAAGUGCACGACAUGAUGCUUGAAAUUAUCAUUUCAAAAUCCAUUGAAGAUAAUUUUGUCACUGUGGUACGCAGAGGUCAGAUAAGUUUGAAAAGUCAUCAAGGUUUUAUUCGGCGACUAUCAGUCCAACACAUUGACCAGGAGUUGCUAUCAGCAUUGGCAAAUGAAGAUCUAAGCCAUGUUCGAUCUCUGACGGUAACAUCAUCAGUUUGCAUGAAACACUUUCCUAGUCUUGUUGAAUUUGAAUCUCUACGUGUACUGGACUUUGAAGAUUGUCAAGGUUUGCAGGAGUAUGAUAUGAACAAUAUAGACAAAUUAUUCCAACUAAAGUACCUCAGCUUUAGGGGCACGUGCAUAACAAAGCCACCAUCAAGGAUUGUAAUGCUACGUAACCUACAGACCCUUGAUCUUAGGAUGACAUCCAUGCAACAAGAUCUGCCAGAUGGAAUUGCUCUGCUCACUAAACUACAGUAUCUACUCACUGAAACACAACAUAAGAUACCUAUUGGGAUCACCAAUAUGAGGAGCUUACGGGUAACCCCAAAUUUUAAUAUUACCAAGAGUCCAUUGGAUGCAGUGGAGGAGCUUGGGAACCUAACCAGAUUAAACGAGCUCUCUUUGCACUUGUCUGAUGGAUAUAGGUACAAGACGCAUGAGGAGGUGCUACUCUCCUCACUAUGCAAGCUUAGCCGUUGCAAACUCCGGUCCUUAUACAUAAGUAGGGAAUGGGGUUCACUCAACUUUAUAGAUUCUUGGUCCCCUCCAUCCUCCCUUCAGAUAUUUCAUAUGUCUAGCAACAUGCAUUUAGCAAACAUUCCAAAGUGGAUUUCUCCGGGACUCACAAGCCUUGUUAAUCUGGAUAUCAAUGUGGCUGAACUGAGGGAGGAAGGUCUGCACACUCUUGGUUUGCUCCCAUCGUUACUGGAUCUAGCAUUGUGUUUGCGUUCAGGAGGAAGCAAAAAGCUUACCGUAAUUGGAUUCCCAUGCCUCAAGAGGUUUAACCUCUUUAGUUGGGAUGGGGCAUAUGUGAUGCUCACGAAAGGGUCCAUGUGGAAUCUUGAGGAGUUUUUGUUGUCUUUUGAUGUGUCAGUGGCCAAAGCGUAUGGCUUCUAUUUAGGCAUUGAGCAUCUCCCAUCUCUCAAACUAAUACAAGUAGUUCUUCGCAACGAAGGUGCCACACAUUCGGAAUCGAAGGCUGCAGCCGCUGCCAUCAGGGAGGAAGCAGGUGCCCAUCCCAACCAUCCCGAAGUCUGUAUUUUGGAGGAACCGGAUGAAGAUGAAGAUAACAAUGAAAAGACUGAUAAUGAUGAAGGAAAGAGCAGAGAGGAGGGGAAUUAAAAUGGUCACUCUCCCAGAUGAAAUGGUCCUCAAGGUCAAGAGGUACUAAAAUGUUUUUUCCCUUCAAAUCAAGUAUAUGAUCCAUUUUUUCCACAAGUGCUGCAUGCUUCUCAAACUCACAUGUUCUAAUAUUUUAGCUUUACCAGCCAAUGAUGAUGUGCGCCUGGCUGGCUAGCUUGGAAUGCCAUACAGAAGGAGGCUGAAGCUACAGUUCCUUGCACUUACCCGUAAUAACUUGAAAACAAAAGCUGAAAGAGAGUCAAUCCAAAAUGAAGUAUACUAUUAUUUCAGAGGUAUUUUAGUGUCAAGUUGCUACUUGCUACAUACAUACACUGUGUUUGAUUUUCUCCGUUGCUUACCUUAAUUUGGUGACUAAGGCUUCUCUGUUUGCAUCUGGGAUUUUGUGUAUUAUUCAUCUUGAACACUUGUAUUAUGUUUCCGGUGUGUACUUUUUGGUAGACCUAAUAAGCUAUGCUCUAUUUGUAUUCGGGAUUAUUUUUUAGG